AUGUCGAGCGUUAAGAGGUCCAGUGAGCAGAAGAGGGAUGCGGAGUUCAUAAAAAGACACAAGAAGGUGUGCAAGAACCCUGUAGACGAGAGCAAUGGGGUCUCCAAGUGCAUCGUUCAGGUUCCGGUGUCAAUGUAUGUGUCCAUUGCGCCUACGUACAUGAAGGAGCCUAACCGGGGCAUCAAGAAACAACACUUGAACCCCAUGAUCAUGAAGUACAGCAGCAACGUUGGCGGCGUGGUCUUGGGCUACGAGAACUUGAAAAUCGAGGAUGCUAGCGUGAGCGACGAGAGUGAUAGCGAGAACGCUACAAAGCUGGUGAAGAUUACCCCGGACACCCCAUUCGGGUUCACUUGGUGCAGCGUCGACCUAUACGUAUGGCAGCCGCAGAUCGGCGAUGUCAUCGAAGGUUGGAUUUUCAUACAGUCACCAUCGCAUAUUGGGCUUUUGAUUCACGACGCAUUCAAUGCCAGCAUAAAAAAGACAAGCAUCCCCCAGGACUGGACUUUCAUCCACAACGAGGAUGCUGACAACAACUCUGACAGCGGCGUAGGCAACUCCGCUCAGUCGAGGUCCUUGGGACACUGGGUCGACGAAAACGGGCAGAGACUCGACGGGAAACUCAAGUUCUCGGUCAGAAACGUUUACACCACGGGGAGAGUCGUUUCCCUGGAGGGUUCGUUGUUGGACGAUAAAGUCGGCCAAGCGCGCUCCCCUGCGGAAAGCCUUCCUGUUGUAUCCAACAAGAAAAUCAUUUUUGAUGACGAGGUCUCCACAGAAAACAGGGAAAGCCAUAGAGAUUUGGAGCUUUCGAAAAGGGUAAAAGAGGAUAACGGCGAGGAAAUUGUCUACGAGAAGAAUUCAAGCAGCAGUGAGUCUAGUGACAGUGAGUAA